CUCGCGGGAAGCAAAAUGGCGGGUUCAAGUUUGUUAAAGAAUAAACUGGAAGAGUUCAAAUUAAAUGCCAAUGAUGUCAUACAUUUUAAAUUGGUGCGAGAUGAAAAUGAUGUUGAAGAUUACGAUAAAUCAUUUAAACCAGAUAUGACACAUCAAGUCUUUGGAGAACAAGAGAGUAUAUUUGGAUAUAAAGAUCUUGAAGUCAAGAUGUAUUAUACAGCUGCCAAGUUAAACACAUAUCUUAGUAUGUCAUACAUAGACAAAGUUACACCUAAAAGAUUUGAUGGCCUGGUGCCUGAUGAAGUGUUGCCAAAAUUAGCUCAAGAGAUUCCACCAGGUUACUACACAAAUCUCGAUGAUUUUCUUGCAACUCUUCCCAAAGAAGUUAAUUUUAAGCCAUUUGGUGAAAUGUUACACUCGUAUAAAGUCAAGACAGAUGGAAGCAGUCGGAAUUUUGAAGUUUAUAAAACUGAUAUAGAUGUCCCAGGAUUCCGAGACUACCAUAGCAGGUUACAGACAUUUCUAUUAUUUUUCAUUGAUGCUGCCAGUUAUAUUGAUGUGGAUGAUGAUAGAUGGAAUUAUUUUUUAGUGUUUGAGAAGUAUAGAAAUAAUGGAGAAACUAUGUAUGCUAUUGCAGGCUAUAUGACCAUUUAUAAUUAUUAUGCUUAUCCUAAUAAAACCCGACCAAGAAUUAGUCAAGUUCUAAUAUUACCACCAUUCCAACGUCAAGGUCAUGGUGCCGAGUUAUUACAGACAUUCUAUAAUACAUGUUAUGAUAGAGAUGAUAUUAUGGAUAUAACAGUUGAAGACCCUUCAGAAAACUUUCAGAGAUUACGAGAUUUUGUAGAUUGUAAAAAUGUGUGUAAAUUAAGAGAAUUUCAACCCAAUAAUAUUCGUGUCAGUUUUAAUGAUGCAAUGUUACAAGCUGCCAGACAAAAACUCAAACUUAGCAGGCGUCAAGCUAGAAGAGUAUAUGAAAUAUUAAGAUUAAAAGCUACAGAUGGAAGUAAUACACAGCAGUAUCGUGAUUAUAGAUUAGAAGUUAAACGUCGACUCAACUCCCCUUUUACUAAAAAUCGUCGAGACUUCCAAAAAUUAAAGAAAGCUUUAAAUCCACAAGAAUUAGACGAAACAAUGAAUACAACAGAGGAAAAACGACUGGAAUAUUUAGAGAAGAGUUUUGAGGAACAUGUUGAAGUUUAUAGACAAGUUUUAGAUAGACUGGCAGCUAGCUCCUGACUUGUUUAAUCACUCUUAUUUAUUGAUGUUCACAAAAUUUGAGAAUCAAUCAGGACUGUUAAAAAUUCCAAAACAUCUAUGGUACUCUAUGGUAAAAUUGGCUUAUUUAUUGAAGUAAACAAUAGGUAGAUUAGCAAUUGGAAUCCAGUAGUAAUUCCUGAAAUUUAGUUUGAAAAAGCCUUGUAGCUAGUUUUGUAAUUUUCAUUGAAGAUUAUCAUAUUCAUUAAGUGAAACAUUAGGAAAUCAUUUGGCUGUUUCCAGAACAUUUACGUUAUUAUGAUGUUAAUCAGGUGCUAGCAGAAAUUCUUCAACAAUAUUGUUAAAAUUCUCAGAAACUGUCUUCCCACAUUCUUGAAUCUAGUUCAAUAUCAGCUUAAAACAGUACUGAUAUACUUGUAUUUAAUCAAAGUCAUUCUAAGAUUACCAAUACUAUUUUGAAGCUGAAUGAUUAUGAAUAAGAAUUUGAUUAUGAAUAAGAAGAACUUGUUAGUUAAUGUUAUAACUUAUGCUGGGUAAUUGUUAACUUCCAUGAUUUGUUAAUAUUGAAAUUGAAAAGCUGUUUGUUGAGAAGUAAUCAUGUAUGCAGUUUCCGUUUUAAAAGGAUAUUCAUCUGGAAUAUUGUACAAUCUGCUAUAGGGGAAAUGUAAAUAGUUGUAAAUAUUGUUUAUCAUAUUAAAGAUCACUUGUUAUUGAC